AUGCCUCGUCAGCAGAUCAACCUAGAGCCCUAUCGAGAGGAAAUCAUAUCCCUCUUCCACCACGGAGUCAGUAGUGAUGCAAUCAGCCACACCCUGGAGAGUCGCCAUAACAUCCAAGUGAAAGAGCGAACAAUCCAGUCCCGCCUCCGCAAGUGGGGCAUCCGCAAACGACAUCGAACAACGACAAGCGAUGAAGCUCUACAUUCACGGAUCCAAAUACUCUUCGUGGAAGAACGACUGACUGACAAGGCCAUGCUGAGAGUCUUGCAGCAGGAGGGGUAUGGAAUCUCUGAACGGACCUUACGACGGCUGCGGUUCAAGUUAGGGCUUCAUGCCAGAGCUUCUUCUGAGCAGGAGCAGAGUCAAAAUCAGCAGGAUCAAGAUCAUCUAGCAAUAAGCCUUCCUCCGGCUGUGGUUCAGGCUCAACCGGUGUGA